AUGAGAUGCAAGGUCAAAGGAAAGUGGGGCUGCUCUGUUUUUAGCCCUUCUCUGAACGAAGGGGUUCACCAAAAGAGGGACAAAGAGAUCAAGGCCAUGGGGUUGCGUGGUUCAGACGGGCAGAAUGUUCUAGCUAGCUGUAAUCAAGUGUCACGAAACGUCUUCCCAUGUGUUGCUGUCGUGUUUUCGCUCUUCCAUCCCUCUCGUCGUCGUCCGUCAUUCAAACACCCUAAAGUCGCUGCUAUGGAGGAUGACAGUCAGCCGUUUGACCCAACCCAGUGGGACUACGACGAUCUCGACUUUCGCACGCCUCAACUGUCAGGCAUCAACAGCCGCGGCGUAAGCGCCAGCAUCAGAUAG